UGAAACACGGUGUAUAAUAUUUCUAACUAUGCAAGUUUUACUGGAUAGAAUGUUAUGUUUUAAAAUUGCCGGCAAACGUGCCUUGGAAAGCCGCAAGGAAUUCUCUAGACAUUUGACUCGGAUUUACCUGCAACUGCGAGAAUAGAAGUUUUGGAGAUUGCGACGACCUGUCGUUAACUUUUGUUCGCUCAAAUCCUGUCAAAAAUUUCGAUUACUACUGGACUAUGUCGUAAUUUAAAUAACAGAUAAUACUCUACAAACAUGAACUAAGGGG